AUGUCUUCUACCUCACCUACUUCAAGGAAUCAGCUACAAGUGACUUGUGUUCAUAUGCGAGAAAGGGCUGAUAAUGGUGGUGCAUCGGAGAAAUCGACGCCGCAGGAACCUUUGCAACAGUCGGUGAUAGACAAUUCGAUAGCAUUUAGUUCUCCAACGGCGCUGGAUCCACCUGAAAAUGUCGUAGCAAGUUAUCAACGGAAAGAUGGAAGUGCCGAAGGCGAGGUUGUUAGUGCUAGGAAGUCGGAGGCAGCUCCGGCUACAUCCGUCCACCACCAUCAAUCUCGUAUACCAUCACCGUUCUCCACUACCAUCUGUCGUAGUUAG